AUGCCCCGGAGAAUUGCGAAUCCCUUCUCGACCUCCCAUUCUCCCGCAAUGCCGCAGACUGAGAAGGAAAGGAGACCUUCUCGUUCCGGCAACCGGAUUACCAACUUUUUCUCCUCUCCCAAGGGUUCAAAGGACAAGGAUCACCAGACCGCCCAGCAAGCUCUUCUGGCCAUGCAGCAGCAAAACAUUUCCUCCACCCAAAUCACCCCCUCGACAAUCUCCUUGCCGACAAUCUCUCUCUCGACCGCCACCGCCGGCGAGCCCGACAACAGUGACCCUCCCACUACUCUGUUCUCGCCCCCCUCUGCUGUCGAGACGGAGAAGAAGCGACGUUUCGACGCCCAAUUUGGCCCUCUCCUGCAUCCUAGCCACCGUUAUGUGAGCAAGUCCAAUGAUGGCAAGCCUCUCGAUCCGCCCAUCAUUGACGAGCCGCCCUACUACUACAUCCUCACCACCUACAUCAGCUACCUCCUUCUCAUCCUUUUCGGCCACGCUCGCGACUUCUUCGGCAAAAGGUUUGGCGACAAGAAGCACUAUCAGGCUCUCAAGCCCCAAAAUGGCUACGCCCCCUUGAACGAGGAUUUCGACAACUUUUACGUCCGCAGACUCAAGAUGCGUAUUGACGACUGCUUUGCCCGCCCCAUCACUGGCGUUCCCGGCCGAUACAUCACUCUCAUGGAUCGCGAGUCUAGCGACUACAACCGAACCUACAACUACACUGGUACACACACCGAGACCUUGAACAUGAGCUCCUACAACUACCUGGGUUUCGCUCAAUCAGAAGGUCCAUGCGCCGAUGCUGUUGAGGAAUGUGUCAAGAAGUACGCCCUUAGCACCUGCAGCCCCCGCGCUGAUGUUGGCACCUCAGACCUGGCUCUCGAGGUUGAGAAGGAGAUUGCCAGCUUCGUUGGCAAGCCUGCGUCUAUGGUUUUCUCCAUGGGAUUUGUCACCAACGCCAGCUCCUUCCCCGCUCUCGUCUCCAAGGGCUGCCUCAUUCUUUCCGACGAACUGAACCAUGCCUCCAUCAGAGUCGGCGCUCGUCUCUCUGGUGCUGUCAUCUCUUCUUUCAAGCACAAUGACAUGGUCGAUCUCGAGCGCAAGCUCCGGGAAGCUAUCUCUCAAGGACAGCCCCGCACCCACCGCCCAUGGAAGAAAAUUCUGGUCGCCGUCGAGGGUUUGUACUCCAUGGAGGGAACCAUGUGUGACUUGCCCGGGAUCAUGGCUCUGAAGGAUAAGUACAAGUUCUACCUUUUCAUCGACGAGGCUCACAGCAUUGGCGCAAUCGGCCCUCGCGGUCGUGGUGUGUGCGACUACUUCGGCAUUGACCCCAGCCGUGUGGAUAUUCUCAUGGGUACUCUGACCAAGUCUUUUGGUGCCAACGGCGGUUACGUUGCUGCCGAGAAGGCCAUCAUUGACAAGCUGCGGAGCACCAACGCGGCCACAAUUUACGGAGAGUCGCCUGCCCCUUCGGUCCUGAUGCAGAUUCUGGCCUCCCUGCGGUUGAUCACCGGCGAGCUCUGCCCUGGUCAAGGUGCGGAGCGAUUGGAGCGCAUUGCUUUCAACUCUCGCUACCUUCGUCUCGGUCUCAAGCGUCUCGGUCUCAUUGUCUACGGCCACGACGACUCGCCCAUCAUUCCAGUCAUGCUUUACAACCCUGGCAAGAUGCCCGCCUUUAGCCACGCCAUGCUGAAACGCAACAUCUCCGUCGUAAUUGUCGGCUACCCCGCCACACCCCUUAUCAGCUCUCGUGCCCGUUUCUGCGUGUCUUCGGCCCACAACAAGGAGGACCUCGACAGAAUGCUUCAGGCCGUUCACGAGGUCGCUGAUCAGCUUCAGAUCAGAUUCUCCACAGGCAUUGCUGGUGGUGCGGAGCCCCUUCCCGAAGGCGUUACACCAGAGACGGAAAAGGAAUGGCGCAAAGCCAACGGCCUCGAGGGUGUCUACAAGCCCCCCCGCUGGAAGCUCGAAGACGUUAUCGCUCGUGGCGUUCAGGACUGCAAAGUCCGCUUGCGGUAA